CGCCAACUGCAUCACGUUAGACUCUGAAGCUGUUUGGUAGCUAUAAAUCUUUGAAGACGCGGCGAUGAAUAGUGCAGUAUUUGAAUUCAAGACCUCGUUUCCAAGUCACAGUUAUUUCAUAUGAAAUGAAACCCUGAAGCUCUUAACAUGGGAAAGAAGCGAAUAAAGGGAAGACAUGUACAGCCAGAUGAAAGUUCUUCGCUGGAAGUGCUAGAGCCUGUAUGCAAACACCUUCGUAAAGGAUUGGAACAAGGUCACCUGAAAAAGGUGUUGCAGAAUGUGGACUGGAAUGCCUGCCAAGAUUGCCAGUCAUUGGGUAGUGAGACACAUGAGAAAUAUGAAGAGGAAGCAGAAGACAGACCUUCAAUAUGGUUAUGUCUCAAAUGUGGCCAUAGGGGCUGCGGCAGAGAUUCUAAAGAACAGCAUGCUUUAAAGCAUUAUGAAACCCCAAGAUCAGAUUCUCACUGUUUGGUUCUUAGUUUAGACAAUUGGAGUGUGUGGUGCUACUUGUGUGAUAAAGAAGUCCAGUACAAUAGUUCCACUCAGUUGGGCCAACUUGUGGAUUAUGUUCGAAAGCAAGCUCGUGCGAACAUCCAGACUGCAGCAUCCACAGAUGAAGAGAACAAGCAGUUGGAAAAUAAGAAAAUAAAAGACCACAGAAAUGAAGAAGAGAGGGAGAAAAAAGAGACCUUAAUGAAGGACAACAACCUUCAUUUAAAUGGCAAUGCAGAAGUUGCUGUGAAGGGUCUCAGUAACUUGGGGAAUACGUGCUUUUUUAAUGCUGUUCUGCAGAAUUUAUCACAGACACCAAUUCUGAGAGAGCUGCUGAAGGAAGUUAAAAUGGCUGAUGCAACGCUUACCAUUGAGCCUCCAGAAUUUUCAUUAACGGAACCUCUGGUGAUUAAACUUGAUCACCCAAGACCCCUGACACUGGCAAUGUGUCAGUUUCUAACAGAAAUGCAAGAGACUAAAACAGGAACUGUAACCCCUAAAGAACUCUUCUCUCAGGUCUGUAAAAAAGCAAUACGUUUUAAAGGAUAUCAGCAGCAGGACAGUCAGGAGCUGCUUCGCUAUUUACUGGAUGGGAUGCGAACAGAAGAAACUCAACGCACGUGUGCUAGUAUUUUUAAAGCACUGAAUAAUUCUGCUGACAAAGAAAAUGAAGAGCUAAAGAAGAAAAUCAAAGAGUAUGACAAGAGAAAGGCACCACACAGCUUCAUAGAUCGUAUUUUUGGUGGAGAAUUAACAAGUACCAUCAUGUGUGAAGAGUGUCAAACUGUAUCUUUAGUUCAUGAGUCAUUCCUUGAUUUAUCACUCCCUGUCUUAAAUGAUCAGAGUGGUAAGAAGAAAACAAAUGAUAAAAAUACUAAAAAAGUACAGGAAAAGGAGACAGAAGAUGAAGAUGACAACAUAAAAACUGAUCGGUAUUUGAAGGAGAGGGAUGAGGCUCCUGGGAUCAGUAAGCACUUCCAGAAGAAGGCAAAGAAAAUGGCCAAAAAGCAAGCAAAGAAUCAGCGACGCCAACAAAAACUUCAAGAAAAGGUGAUCAAUCUAACAUAUACUUGUGCCACAGAACAAUGUGAAGUUAGUCAAGAUUGUAGUAAAGAAACAAAAAGUAGCGCUGAGGUUACCAACGUAAAGCAAGCAGAGGAAUCCUUAAACCAUUGUGAAGACCACACUACAGAUGAAAAAGAAAGUAUAGAUGGGCAAGAGAUAAUAAAAGAGGUGCAGAAUAUAGAAAAAUGUAAUGAAAAUACAGAAUGCUAUGACCAAGAAGCAAACAGUGAAGCUGGUAUGGAGUUUUCCACUGGAAAUUUUGUUCCUGCUUUGGAGUGUGUGAAUAAAUUUGAUCACCUGUCUCUCAAAGAUGAGAUUUCUGAGGAAGUCAAGAUUUCAAAGGAAGAUGAGGAGAUUUCUAAUGUCUUUAACAAAUUAUCUUUGGAUGCUGAGUCAGAUAAUAUGGAUAUCUUAUAUGAACUUGAUUCUGAAACAAAAAUCUAUGAAGUAGUGAAUGAGGACCCGGAAACAGCAUUUUGUACUCUUGCAAACAGGGAAGUGAUGAGCACCGAAGAAGGUUCAGUCCUUCGUUGUUUAUAUCAGUUCACUCAUAAUGAGCAACUCUGUGAAAAUAAUAAACUUCUCUGUGAUGUAUGCACACGAAGACAACUUUGUGGACCAAAAAAUGCUGCAAAACAUGUCAAGAAAUUCAUAUAUACGAAUGCCAAAAAGCAAAUGCUUAUUUCUCUUGCUCCUCCGAUUUUAACUCUUCAUUUAAAGAGAUUUCAACAGGCUGUAUAUAAUCUCCAAAAAGUGAACAAGCACAUAAAGUUUCCAGAAGUAAUGGAUUUGGCUCCUUUUUGCUCAGUUAAGUGUAAGAAUGUUGUAGAGGGGAGUCAAAGAGUAUUAUAUUCUUUGUAUGGUGUUGUUGAACAUAGUGGUACUAUGAGGUCUGGCCACUACACUGCUUAUGUGAAGACAAGAGCUGCUAACAACCAACUUUCUGAUCUUGUUCUCCAUGGCAAGAGUCUACAAACUUCAGGAAUACAAUCAUCCAAAGGACAAUGGUUUCACAUUAGCGAUACCCAUGUGCAAGCAGUACCUGUAUCGAAAGUGCUGAAUGCACAAGCAUAUCUCCUAUUCUAUGAGAGACUACUGUAAAUGAGCUGCUCAGUGUUCUCCCACGGACUAAAUUUAAAGGAAACCCAGGAAAGUUCUAUCACAACUAUAAUCAUGUUCAAUUUGUUGAAUAUACAGUGUACAGGAUUAUCCACUGCCUGCAUUUAAACAGAACAAGUUUAUCCUUCAUGCUUUUAAAAAUAAUACUUUAAAACUAAUCUGUUCUCUGAGUAGUUAAUAGAACUUUUACUUUAUCACUUUAAGCUACAGCUAUACAUCACAUGAAGGGCAUACAACAAGAUAUUCUUCCUGUAGUUUAAAUUCUAGUCCACAUUGCUAUGCAGGAAAUUCAAAAACUUUACUGUAGA